GAAGAGCUGUCGGUCAUCCGCCAGCAGGGGGGCCAUGACAACUUGCGGUACCCCAUGGACAACGUCAUCCGCGAUUUGGAGAAGAACUUCAACGUCCCCUGGCCGCAGACUACCUGGCAGCUGCCAACAACCUGUGCCGUAAUUGGUUGUUCUGGUGACGGCAGCCUGGACGUGGGCUUGGAGCCACUUUUGGACAAGCUGCUAGAAAGGAUCAACACUGCCUCAGGACCUUAUCAGAUGUUCGAGUUCCUGGGGGACAUGGUCUUGUUUGAGAGCAAUGCGGGACAAAUGCAGCUGCGCUACUUGGAGGAGGUGCCCCUGCGCCACUUCCACGCGCGGUAUCAAGGCUUCCCACGCCUGACUUGGGUCUUCCGGUACAAUGACUUCUUCCACGGCCCGAAAGUGUUGGGCGAGGGCAGGGUAGGGGCAACGCGGGCGCAAGACGCACACAGGUCCCACUUCUUGCAUCCCAUGCUUGCUUACUUUCCUUCCGGCGAGGAGAAUGCCACCAUGAGACACUGGCUAGUUGAGGAUGUCUUUACGCAAUGGAACGGGCAAGAUGACCGAGUGCCCUUGGGCAAGUUUCUGAAGCGAGUUGCUGCAAGCGUCAUGAACAUGACGGCCGAUGUCUAG